AUGGCCUUCGAUCGCUACGUUGCCAUUUGUAACCCUCUAAGAUAUGCCACCAUCCUCACUAAUGCACAAAUAGCUAAACUUGGGCUUGUAUGUUUGAUAAGAGCUGUUGUUUUCAUUCUGCCCCUACCCCUGCUCCUGAGUCAGCAGCCAUACUGUGCCAACCGCAUUAUCCCUAAUACGCAAUGCGAGUACAUAGCUGUGGUCAAGAUGGCGUGUGGGGACAUCACAGUCAUUAGGAUAUAUAGCUUGGUGCUAAUGUUUGUAAUCUGUGGGUUUGACCUGACAGUCAUUGCCCUGUCCUACAGUCUGAUCAUCAGGGCCGUCCUCAGAAUCUCCUCUAAGAAAGCUCACCAGAAAACUCUCAACACUUGCACAACCCACAUCUGUGUGAUGCUCACAUAUUAUAUCCCUGGCCUUUUCUCCAGUCUCACAUACCAGCUUGGUCAAAGCAUCGCUCCCCAUGUUCAUACCAUCUUGGCCCACCUCUUUCUCCUCAUCCCUCCUAUGCUCAACCCUAUCAUUUAUGGGGUCAGAACCAAAGAGCUUCGUGACAAAGUAGUCAAAUAUACCUGCUGCAGAAGAUGA